AUUAGGCCGGAAGAUGCGAAGGUGGCUAGUAUUCGAGACUGGCCACGACCUCAGACUGCCACUGAGGUCAGAUCUUUCUUAGGAAUGUGCGGCUACUAUAAAAAUUUUGUAAAGAAUUAUUCCACAGUCGCCUCUCUUUUGACAAAUCUCACUCGACUUGACACGCCGUCGAACUGGAGUGAUGAAUGCGAGGGUGCUUUCAAACGACUGAAGCAUGCACUCAUGAAUCAUGAGGUUCUCAUGGUGCCCGAUCCUCAGAAGCCAUUCAUAGUGACCACUGACGCAAGCCAAUACGSCAUUGGCACAGUGCUGGCUCAGCAGGAUGGGAAGAAGUUGAGACCGAUUGAGUACAUGAGCAAGAAAAUGCCAUCGAAGAAAUUGGCAAAGUCCACCUAUGAAAGGGAACUCUAUGCUCUCUACAAGGCACUUGUCCAUUGGAAGCACUUCCUGUUGGGACGGUUCUUCUACUUGAGAACUGACCAUCAGACCCUCAAAUGGAUCAAGACUCAACCGGCUCUUUCCGAUGCACUCAAGCACUGGAUUGAGGUCAUAGAUCAAUAUGACUUCAAGCUUGAGUAUCUGAAGGGAGAGUACAACAAGGUUGCAGAUGCGCUAUCUCGUAGAGCAGACUCCCUAGGGGCGCUAGUUUCUGAGUUUGGUGUAUCUCAGGAAGUAACUCAAUCGCUGGUGGGAGCCUAUCAGGAAGACCCUGUCACGAUGGACAUCAUCCGCAAACUUCAGGCAAAAGACAAGGCCACAGAGAAUGAGUUUGUGAUGGUGGAUGGGUUACUCUUUCUUGAUAAGGCCGGGUGUAAAAGUGUUUCCAUGGACUUCAUGGACACCCUGGUGACCAGUAAGAGUGGCAAGAGGCACAUCUUCGUCAUCAUCGAUCGAUUCACCGAGUGCGCUAGACUAGUUGCCAUGCCAGAGACCGCAAGGACUGACCACGUCAUCAAGUUGUUUAUGGACAACUGGGUGCGUGAUUUUGGACUUCCAAAGUCAAUCGUUAGUGACAGAGAUGUCCGAUUCACAAGUGAGCUGUGGAAGAAGACUGCUGAGCAGAUGGGCAGUCAACUUCAGAUGACUUAAGGGAAUCAUCCCGAAGCCAACGGACAGGCUGAGCAAAUGAACAAAGUUGUACAACACUU